AUGGGAAAAUGCUGCAAAUGCAAUGGGAGAUUACUGUGCCUUUUCCUGCUGCCUUGUAUGAUGACUGGCCACCUUGUGAUUUACAUCAUGGUGACCAUAUUUGUCACCAUCUCCUAUGCUCCUCCGAAAAUACCCGUUCACUACAUUGCUUCAGGGAUUUCUGCCAAUUCCUCUGCCCUGGCCUCUCACCCACUUGGCCCUUUCUGGAACCUUCGUCUGGAGGACAGCGCACUGUGGAACCAGUUGCAGCACAUCUGGGACCGUCAGCACAAUCCAAUAUUAAAAGGAAACCGGACUGGGAUGCAGAGAAGGCCAAAAGGUCAGCCUUUAAAAGAAAUCGAGGAUGAAUGUCUGUCUGACUGCUUGUCGAAUAAAUGUUCAGUUCCUCGUGUGAAUGACUUCAACAGCAUGCCAGAGCAAAUUAGGGCAUUUAUCAAGUCAAUGCACUGCACGGAGUACCCUCUUCUUAUCAAUCAGCCGGGUAUAUGUCAGAGGAAAAACGAUAGCUCUGGUGUGGGGUCUCCUACUCUCCUCAUAGCAAUCAAAUCUCAAGUGGGGAACUUUGAAAACCGACAGGCCAUACGUGAAACAUGGGGACGCAGCGGUCUGGUGAGGGGAGAUUUCAAUAAGAAAGGGGGAUUAGUGCAAACUGUUUUCUUGCUUGGAAGACAGGACUCGAGUACAGGUCCUCACCCAGACCUGAACAACCUCCUGGGGCUGGAGAACAAGAAGUAUGGGGAUAUUCUCCAGUGGGAUUUUAGAGACACAUUCUUCAAUUUGACCUUGAAGGACUUGCUGCUCUGGAGGUGGCUCCAGCAGUACUGUCCUACUGCAGCCUUCAUCUUUAAAGGGGAUGACGAUGUUUUUCUUAGGACAGAUGCCCUUCUGGAUUACUUGCAAAAAAGGGUGGAGGAGCACAAGCUUUGGAGAACCUAUACUAAUGAAACUGACAUGAACUUGUUUGUUGGCGAUGUGAUCAGCAACGCAAUGCCAAACCGUGAGCCCUCCAUGAAAUACUACAUACCGGAAAGUUUUUACAAAGGUGUGUACCCACCUUACGCUGGCGGAGGAGGGCUGGUGUAUUCAGGUUCACUUGCUUUACGUUUACAAGAGGUGUCUGAAAGAGUUCGCCUUUUCCCAAUUGAUGAUGUGUACCUUGGCAUGUGCCUGAACAGACUCGGGCUCUCUCCAAUCCACCACCCGGGUUUCUUAACGUUUGAUCUCCCCGGAACAGACAGGAACAAUCCGUGUGCAUACAAAUCUGUUCUGCUCGUUCACAAACGGAAUCCAAAGGAAAUGCUGACCCUGUGGAAACAACUCCAGAACCUGCCUGCUCAAUGCUGAGUCUCAUUUGCAAAGCAAAUAAGAUUUAGUAAGUACCAGACGACUGCGGCCACUACACUAAUUUGACAGAAAUUACACACUGUGGUUAGCAGGCAGCGCAUGGUAAGGUUACCUUUAAUCAACCUUUCCUGUGGAGAAUUAUGUAACUCGGAGAGUGAGCUACCUCAGAAGGUACUUCAUUAUGGUUGCUGUACAAAGCAAUAACACACAUUGAACUCUUUUUUUUCCUAUUACUUGUAUGAAUGUGCCCUAUUUUAACUAAAAAUAUUACUCUCUUGGAAAGAUAGAUACAGAUGAUAAAUGGAUAAAUUGAAAUUGAAUGCUUUAUGUGCAAAUACAACAGUUUAAAUAUACAGUGCUAAUGGAAAGUUUGCAUGCACUCCACAUGGGCAUGAACAUCAUAUUAAUUUUGGGUCUUUAAGGAGGCCCUCUGUUUUG